AUGAGCGCCAACGACACGGCCAGACUUACUGGGAUCCUAACUGCAGCCUUAGAUGGUGUCUCUUCCACGGCCUUGAUGCAGUCCAUGUCCGAUCCUGUUGGAUCUCCGCGCUUGGCCACGGACACUCCGGCGUCCAGGAUGGGUGACACAGUUGUCGAGAUGGCCAGCAGCAUUGGGGGCCAGCUUCCAACGCAGGAGAUAUCAGUGGAGCUAUCUCGCAUCCAUGACGGGGCGCUCCUUGCCGGCAAAAGCCUGCUUUUUGCAGACACCGCUGUGGCUUAUGCGCAGAUGCGCUGGUUGGGGCUGCCACUGUCGCAGCUGUCCACCGCACGGCAGGGUCUGGCUAGCAUCAUUCGCCAAGCUGCCGAGAGUGCCUACGCUGCAGGAACGUCGAUUGCCAGCCGGUCAGGGAGCCUGCUGGAUUUGGCUCGGCAGAUGGGGACCACCUUCGCGAAUGUGCAUCCAGAUCGGGGGGCGGCAGCGGCUCAUUCGUUGGGCCUGGAGUUCGGCCUCUCCCCCGUUGAGGCACUGCAGCUGGCCGCUGCCACGGCUUUUCACCUCCAUGUUGGCCGCUGUGCAGACACGGCUUUCCGCUGUCUGCCCUGGCGCCUCAUUGCCAUCCGGGACGCUGGCCGGUCCAUGGCAAACUUGCUGAGAUGGCGGUCGGGACCGCACACAUUGGAGGCUGGACACAUGGCACUGCUGGCAGCAGCGGCCGCAGAAAGCUCACUGAGCCUGGAGGCCGAUUUGGAGGCCAAGCUGGCGGCAGCCGCCGGGGCCAUGUCCGUCUUCGGCCUGACAGAGCAAGACAUGAGCCUUCACGCGCCAACACUCGCCGUUGCAGACGUCCCCAUGGACGUGGCACGUUCGGCCUGGAUGCUAGGCAUGUCUGAAAAGGCGGAUCGCGUUGUGCAGAUCUUGCAGGGCACCACAGAGUGGGGUGCUGCCUUGGCCAUCCGUUUGGGCGAAGAUCUCAUGUCAGAAGUCUCUCCUUGGGAAGGCCGGACGGGUAAUCGUAAGGUAACGUAUGGUAUGCUAGUACGAUACCCGCGGCGGUCAGCAUUGCGAGCAGCGGAGAACUGCUGCCCAAACACUGCACCCUGA